AUGUCUACCUCUCCCGAGCUCGCUUCGUCCUACGCGGCGCUUAUCCUCGCCGACGAUGGCAUUGAGGUUACUGCCGACAAGCUCCAGACACUGAUCAAGGCUGCCAACAUCGAGGAUAUUGAGCCCAUCUGGACCUCCAUCUUCGCCAAGGCUCUCGAGGGCAAGGAUAUCAAGGAGCUCCUGACCAACGUCGGCUCCGGGGGCGCUGCUGCUGGCCCCUCUGCCGGCGGUGCUGCCGCUGGUGGCGCUGCUGAGGCCGAGCCCGCCGUUGAGGAGAAGAAGGAGGAGGAGAAGGACGAGUCGGACGACGACAUGGGCUUCGGUCUCUUCGACUAA